ACCGAAAGCCAACAAAGAGAACAAAAACACAUUCUAUUCAUAGCCAUUUUUGACAACCAAAACACCUAACGUUUUCUUGCUCUAGAAGAAACAAAAACCACAGUAAGAAAAAAAAAAUGAUACUAAGAGAAUAAAAAACACAAAGGAAAAAACCCUUUCAAUCUCUCUUCCUCCUUGAGCUUUGUACCUCCCUUCCUCUUCCCCUCCCCCACAGCAACAAUGGGAAACUGUUGUUCCCACGGACGGGACUCAGAUGGAUACACACAAGACAAGGGCAUAACCGCCGGCAACCAAGCUGGUCCAACUGCUGAACCUUCCGUACAACAAUCCAAGCACGCGCCUCCUUCUCCUCCUCCCGCGACAAAACAAGGCCCUAUAGGACCUGUCUUAGGUCGACCUAUGGAAGAUGUGAAAUCUUCGUAUUCUCUAGGGAAAGAGCUAGGGAGAGGACAGUUCGGUGUCACGCACCUCUGCACGCACAAGGCCACGGGUCAGCAGUUUGCUUGCAAGACCAUCGCCAAAAGGAAGCUUGUGAACAAAGAAGACAUCGAGGACGUAAGAAGGGAAGUGCAGAUAAUGCAUCACAUGACCGGUCAGCCAAACAUUGUUGAGCUUAAAGGAGCUUACGAGGAUAAGCACUCUGUGCAUUUGGUCAUGGAGCUUUGCGCUGGUGGAGAGUUGUUCGAUAGGAUUAUCGCUAAAGGACAUUACUCUGAGAGAGCAGCUGCUUCUUUGUUGAGAACCAUUGUUCAGAUAAUCCAUACUUGCCAUUCCAUGGGGGUUAUUCACAGAGACUUGAAGCCUGAGAACUUUCUGUUGCUGAGCAAAGAUGAGAACGCUCCUCUCAAAGCCACUGACUUUGGGCUGUCUGUUUUCUACAAGCCAGGAGACGUGUUCAAGGAUAUUGUGGGUAGUGCUUAUUACAUAGCACCAGAGGUUUUGAAAAGGAAGUAUGGACCAGAAGCUGAUAUUUGGAGCAUUGGUGUCAUGUUGUAUAUCCUCUUAUGUGGUGUCCCACCCUUCUGGGCUGAAUCGGAGAAUGGAAUAUUCAACGCCAUCUUAAAGGGACAUGUUGAUUUCUCAAGUGAUCCAUGGCCAUCUCUCUCACCUCAGGCGAAGGAUCUUGUUAAGAAGAUGCUUAACUGUGAUCCCAAGCAAAGACUAACUGCUGCUCAAGUUCUCAACCAUCCAUGGAUCAAGGAGGAUGGAGAAGCACCAGAUGUUCCUCUUGACAACGCGGUGAUGUCAAGGCUCAAGCAAUUCAAGGCAAUGAACAAUUUCAAGAAAGUUGCAUUACGGGUGAUAGCAGGUUGCUUAUCAGAGGAAGAGAUCAUGGGGUUGAAGGAGAUGUUCAAAGGUAUGGACACUGAUAGCAGUGGUACAAUUACACUCGAGGAGCUAAGACAAGGACUCGCUAAGCAAGGUACUAGGUUGUCAGAAUACGAAGUCCAGCAGUUAAUGGAAGCUGCUGAUGCUGAUGGUAAUGGAACAAUAGACUAUGGUGAGUUUAUUGCAGCCACAAUGCAUAUUAACAGACUUGACAGAGAAGAACAUCUUUAUUCAGCCUUCCAACACUUUGACAAAGACAACAGUGGGUAUAUAACAAUGGAAGAGCUGGAGCAAGCCCUCCGAGAGUUUGGCAUGAAUGAUGGCAGAGACAUUAAAGAGAUCAUUUCAGAAGUUGAUGGAGACAAUGAUGGUCGGAUAAACUAUGAUGAAUUUGUGGCAAUGAUGAGAAAAGGAAACCCUGAUCCUAUCCCUAAGAAGCGGCGUGAACUUUCAUUUAAAUGACAAAAAAGUUGGAGUAGAGGAAGAGAGAAGAUAGAAAGAAAGCAGAACAUGACUCAGAGAAACUCAUCAAAAAAAGAAAAAAAAAUGUAAAAGUAGGCUUGGACUGCUAAUCAUUGAACUAGGGGAGAUCUUUAAGGGAGGAGAAGGCUCAAGAAGUUAAAAAAAAAAAGAAUAUUAAUUGGGGAUUUGGGAGGUGUUUGAUUGGGAUGUACAUUUUCUCUUCUAGUCGUUUACUACUUGCUCCUGCUUAAAGUGACAUGGGUUUCUCAAUGUACUUAAAACUUCUCUUGUAUGUGUUAGUGAUAUAUUUGUUCUUACUUACUAGCAAAAACAUAUACAAAGCUAAACAAACACAAGAUCAACAACGGCAAAGGCAGUAGUGUCAACAUCCAUCUCCUUUUCUAACCUCAGCGUCUCCAACCACAUUAUGAAGAUAAUGAGAAUAUGACAGAGAGACGCAGCAAGUGAUUUUUUUUUUGCAAAAGAACUCAUGGUGUUGCAACAGUUUGUAUUGG